AUGGGUUUUAUGACUCAAUUGCGGCUAUUAUUGUGGAAAAACUUUACGUUAAAAAAGCGAAAACCGCAUGUACUGAUUUGCGAGCUGUUCCUACCAUUAGUACUAUUCUUCAUACUAUGGGUCAUCCGCCACAACCAGCCCUCGCAGUUCAUCGGCGACUUGGCCUUCUCAACCAAACCGCUGCCCAGCGCCGGCCUAAUGGCUGUAUUGCAAUCAUUCUGUGAUGGAGGGGUCAGGGAUGAGGACGGUUUCGACACCUUUCCCAACUCGACACUCGAGAAAUUGCUGCGAAAUCUCAAUGACAUCGCGCGUAAGAAAAACUUCAUAAUCCGUCCGGGCUUUGAGCCCAAGGAGUUGGAGUCCAUCCCCCGGAUCUACAAGUCCAUCAUCGAGGACCCCAUUGCCAUACACUCGCACUUCCUGAGGGCCGGCAGCUUUCACAUCAAAGACAUGUUCAAAGAUAGCGCACAAUUCGGCGCAUACCUCAAGCGCGCCGACUAUUUGCGGUUAUCGGACCAACAGGUGUCGGCGCUGUUUGAGACGGGACUCAAUAUGCAGAAAAUACACGACACCCUCUUCGGCAUAGAGGCGCUCAUACCUAAUGGACAGCCGUUCAGUUUAUACGACUUCAUGAAACUGAAUGAAUUGCAUAAAUCCAAAGUAUUUAUGGCUUUUGCCUGGAUUUUCGACGUCUAUAACAAGGGAGGGCUGACCGUCAAUGUCGACGCCUUCACCAAAGAGGCCGUCGAUAUACUCAUCACCAAAGAGUCGGUCAAAGCGUUCUUUUGCCUCAACGAUACCAGUCCUCUGGUGUCGCCUUUUUUUAGGCCCCCAAACGACACGUAUGUCCACCACUUUGAGUCCAUAUCCCAUGAAUUGUGCGCCAAUUUGACGGACAGUCACCUCAAGACACUGACCGGUGAGAUACGGCGCAACUUCAACGAGACUAAGAUUACGGAACUGUUGACAAAGGACUGGGACUAUGGGAAAGCCAAGCGUCGGAUCAAUCAGUUCUUCGGCGAUCUCAACAAGUUUGCGAUCUUUGAGUUGACGCUCAAAGAGUUGUCACAAAUAGCCGUCUCGUUGCCCAAUGAUGUCUGCAAAAUGGAGAACUCGACCACUAAUGGCACCGGCGAUGCCUACCCAACGUCCGACACCCUAUUGGACGGUCUCAAUGUGACAGACAGUCAGUCAUCGGAAGAGGACCAACAAAGUCAGAAGAAGAAGAACAACAUCGAGGGUUUGGUUCGCGUGUUCCUGAAGAUGCAAAAGACUAUCUGCGGUCCAAAAUCGGCACAAAAAGUGGACAAAAAGCACGACAACUCGACAGAUCCGGACCAUAAGAGCGGUGACGAGGACUCGGAUGACGAGCCGGUGAACCAAUUCAUUAAAGACCAACAGAUUCUGCUGAAUAUGUUGUACUCGAAUCCGAAGAUCUUGUUCGCACCGAACGGGACGUCAUCGGCGGCCUAUAAGAUCAUACAGCGGGCGAACCAGACGUUUGAAUUGCUGGACAAAGUGACAAACUAUGCGCACAUCCUGUUGAACGUGUCGCAGGAGAUCGAGGACUACCUGUCCCUCAAUGAGACGCAGCGCCAGUUCGAGACCGUCCGCAAGAUUCGCGAAGAUAUACUCCAUUUGCCAAAAAUAUUCCGGUUCUUGGAUUUGGCGCACGGCUUGGAACUGCUGAACCGGUCCAUCAGUAUUGGUGGCGAUUUGGAGACGUUUAAGGAGGAGCUCCGACUCAUACACAACGCCGCCUGCAGUUGGCUCUCCCUUACCAAAGAUAUAUCGCUGAAUGUCUUCCAUGGCUUCAAAUCCGAAGACGAUUUGCUGCACUACUUCCAGAAGAGGGCCUAUUUUGACAACGUGACUGUUUUGGCCAGUGUGAUAUUUGACACGAACUCGACAUCAUUACCGCCGCACAUAACGUACAAAAUCCGCCAAAACGCUACCUUAACCUCCACGACGGCACAGAUAAGGGACAGGUUCUGGUCGCCCGGCCCUCGCAAUUGGGGCUAUUCUUACUACGGCUUCGGCUUUGUGUGGAUUCAGGAUAUACUCGAACGGGCGAUGAUUAGCCUACAGACUGGCAAAGAUGUGUCUGAGCCCGGCUCAUACCUACACCAGUUCCCAUACCCGUGCCAUAUAGCCGACCAGUUUCUGUUCAUCAUAGAGCACGUGAUGCCCCUCUGUAUGGCCAUCUCAUGGGUGUACUCCGUGUCGAUGUUAGUCCAGUCCGUGGUCUACGAGAAGGAGCAGCGACUCAAAGAGGUGAUGAAGACUAUGGGUCUCAACUCACUGGUCCACUGGUUGGCCUGGUUUAUCACCUCAUUCCUCCAGAUGUCCAUCACAGCAGUCGUGUUGACAGUGAUACUCAAAUAUGGACUCGUGUUGACCUACUCUAACCCGGUGCUCAUAUUCUUCUACAUCGAGAUCUUUGUCAUCGCAAACAUUGUCUUCUCGUUCUUAAUAUCAGUGCUGUACUCGAAGGCCAAGUUGGCCGCCGCGUGCGCCGGCAUUAUCUACUUCUUAACGUACGUCCCGUGUAUGUACUUAGCGGUCAGAGAGGAGACGGCUCACGACAAGAUACCCUUUUGGGCCAAAACGCUGGCCUCACUCCUGUCCACCACAGCGUUCGGAAUGGGAGCCAAGUAUUUCGCUUUCUAUGAGGAGGUGGGGGUAGGGGUCCAGUGGUCUAACAUCGCCACCUCACCCGUAGAGGACGACGAGUUCACGCUCUGGAAUGUCAUGAAUAUGAUGGUAUUGGACGCCCUCCUGUACGGCACCCUUGUCUGGUACAUUGAGAACGUACACCCGGGGUCGUACGGACUGCCCAGACCCUGGUACUUCCCUUUCACGAAGAGCUAUUGGUUGGGAACACCCAUUGGUGACGACGACCUGUUCUGCUCGUGGAAUAUAAAGUCAAAACAGUUGAGCGCCGAACACAAGAAGACCAGAUCCCGGCCCCCGUCCGAGUCCAUCAACUUAAACGACUUGAUUUACUUCGAGUCCGAGCCCCUGGACCUGAUGCUCGGCGUCUCUAUACUGAAUCUGGUUAAGCGUUAUACGAAUACGAAAGGAGUCCCUCCGGCCGUCAAUAAGCUAUCGGUGAACUUAUACGAGAGUCAGAUCACGUGCUUUUUGGGACAUAACGGCGCCGGCAAAACCACAACUAUGUCUAUACUAACCGGUCUAUUCCCGCCCACGUCUGGCGAGACACACAUCUAUGGGUUGGACAUUAAGACAGAUAUGGAUGUCAUACGACAGUCGAUGGGUAUCUGUCCUCAACAUAACGUCCUCUUCGAUGAGCUGACAGUGGAAGAGCACCUGUGGUUCUACUCGCGUCUUAAGGACGCCAACGGGGGAAAUGGAGGCGACUUUGAGGAGAACAUCAACAAAAUGAUAAGCGAUCUCUCGUUACCCAUACGUCGCGGCAAAACAGUGGAGAGUCUGAGCGGAGGUAUGAAACGCAAGCUAUCGGUGGCCAUAGCCUUCAUCGGCGACUCCAAAGUGGUUAUACUCGACGAGCCGACCGCUGGUGUCGAUCCCUAUACCAGGUAUUCGUUGAUAUUCUUAAGCCAUUCUGGUAUACAGUACUCAAUAUUCUGUUGUUGUUUGGGAUACAGGCGCGCCAUUUGGGACUUAAUACUGAAGUAUAAGAAAACGCGAACAAUACUACUGUCCACUCAUCACAUGGACGAAGCGGACGUACUUUCCGACCGGAUCGCCAUCCUAUCCAAUGGUCAGAUCAAGUGCUGCGGAAGUCCGCUAUUUUUGAAACACAAUUUAGGCGAAGGCUAUCACCUGAUAUUCGUCAAGAACCCCGACUACCGUACCCACUACACGGCCGACAUGGAGGUGCCGUCGCUUGAAGUGCAGACAUUUGUGCAGAAAUACGCGCCAACCAGCAAAUACCUCUUCGAGACCAGGGAUGAGAUCCACUUUAUUCUGCCAAACGUUGAGCUCAAGAACUUCGUGCGUCUGUUCUCAGCCCUCGAAAACCCCCGAAACCUCUGCGCUCUCAAUGUCCAGACAUUUGGCCUCAAGAACACCACUCUUGAGGAGAUAUUCCUGAAGGUGGCGUCCAAUUGGAACUUCAAUGUCCUGAAGACUACUUUCCAACAGAACCAUAAGCGCACCCAUAGCUGGGACAAGCCGUCUACCAGUGCCGCGUCUGCCAGUGCCAGCACUCACCCAUCGGUCAUCACAUACGACACGGGCUUCAAAGUGGAGCACAGGGAGCACCUGAAGAUGCCCACAGAGAAGGUGGACUGCAAGCGCCGACUACUGAUGAACCAGUUCUCGGCCAUACUAUUCAAGCGGUGGUGCUGUACGAAACGCAACUGGAAGGGCCUGUUCUCGCAGAUACUGCUCCCGGCGUUCUUCGUGUGCGUGGCUAUGAGUGUGGCACUCAUUGCACCCAAAUCUCAAGAUCUCCCGGCGCUCACACUCAGUCCCGCACUGUAUUAUAAUUACACGCAACACUUGGGUGGCACUGUUAUGCCGUAUUGCGAGCGGGACUGGGAUCCUAAAAAAGAGGGAACGGGUGGUCAUAAUAUGCACAAUAUAUCGGCGACUUUCCACUUGCCGUCCGGUGUGGGCGCCACCUGUCUGUUGAAGUCGAGGGACAGUAUUGCCGAAAAUUACACCGAAUUAAGUGAUUAUGAGUUGGUGUCCGAGUACCUCAAACUGGACAGCGCCUGUACAUCAGUACUACUGCCCGGGAUUAAGCCGCGUAUAUUCCUGCCGGUGGCGCCCACCUCGCGGUCGCCCACAGCCACUACAACCGUCAAACCUCACGACAUGGAUGUGAUAUCAAACACUACAGAACCGACACCUACUCCAGAUUACUUAGACUACUACCCGUACUGCCAGUGCUCGGCCGACGGCACCGGCUAUAUAUGCGACGCCUCGGGUUUCCUGUGGCCACCGGCGCUCAAACUGAUCACUGGAGACAUACUGCUGGACAUUACAGGUGUGGGAAAGGGUCACGAGGAACACCUGUACUACAUCACCACCACCGACAUGUAUCGGCUCCGACGGUACGGCGCCUUUACGUUCGGUUUACAUAGGGAUUACAUACCGGAGCGGUUCGCCGAGAAAGUGGACGAAGACGUGGAGAAGAUCUUACGGCAGAUAGCGGUGAGGAAUGUGUCGAAAGUGUGGUUCAACAACAAGGGCUACCACUCGAUGCCCACCUACUUGAAUGUCAUGAAUAACGCCAUACUGAGGGAACACCUAAACAAAUCUCAGGGCAAUCCGGCCGCGUAUGGCAUAACACUGAUCAAUCACCCGAUGGUGGACACGUCAUACACCCUGUCCCAGGAGCAGAUACUGCAGGGCACCGACGUGUUGAUCGCCAUAUUCAUCAUAGUAGCCAUGUCCUUUGUACCUGCCUCAUUCGUACUGUUCCUGGUGUACGAGCGGUUCACGAAAGCCAAACACUUGCAGUUUGUGUCCGGCGUUAAUGUCAUCGUCUACUGGACGGCCAACUACUUCUGGGAUAUGUGCUCGUAUGUGGUGCCGGCCAUGUGUUGUAUCCUAAUUUUGCUCAUCUUCGACAUCCCCGCCUACACCUCGAAGAAUAACUUUCCGGCAGUUGUGUCGCUGUUCUUGAUGUACGGCUGGUCUGUUACACCAGUCAUGUAUCCGGUGUCGUUCCUCUUUGAAGAACCCUCCACUGCCUAUAUCUGUCUCAUUGUCAUCAACCUCUUCGUUGGCAUCACGUGUAUUGUCACGUCAUUCCUGUUGGAGGCCUUCCUCUUCUCGUCAUACGUUCCGUACUUGGCAUACAUUCACCGCAUACUGAAAGCCGUAUUCCUAAUGUUUCCCAACUAUUGUUUGGGCAGAGGUUUGAUGGAUAUAGCGUUCAAUGAAUACCAAAACAUAUACCUCUAUAAGACAGGCCAAUACUCUCAGAUGAGGUCUCCGUUCGCGUGGGAUCUGAUAACCCGUAAUCUGAUUGCAAUGCUUUGCAGCGGUUUUGCGUUUUUCAUAAUAACCCUAUUGUGUGAAUACAAUGUGUUUCGGCUUUUGGGCUGUAAGCGUAAGGACCGGCACCAGUCGUACCGGACGGCCGCCCACGUGGACGAGGAUCAGGACGUGGCGCAGGAGAGGCUACGGGUGCUGUCGACCGGCAACGACCCCCAGAAUGUGUUGCGAAUGCGAGAGUUGACCAAAGUUUUCAAGAAACCCCAGAAACACAUGGCUGUGAACGGGCUGUGUCUGGACGUGACUCGCGGCGAGUGCUUCGGACUGUUGGGCGUCAACGGGGCGGGCAAGUCGACCACCUUUAAGAUGCUGACCGGAGAUAUACCGGUGACCAGUGGUGACGCCAUUAUUAACCAGUUUUCGGUGCGCGAGGACCUGCAUAGGGCUCAGCAAAACAUCGGAUACUGUCCUCAGUUUGACGCCCUGUUUGACGAGUUGACGGCCAGAGAGCACCUGAAGUUUUACGCCCGACUCAGGGGUGUUAAGGACGAGGAACUGGCUAUUGAGACGGUGCUCAGGCGAGUGGAGUUGACGGCGUUU